AAACUUAAACAGAAACAGAGUAAAUAAAACGUAAACUUAUACCGUACUGUUACAUUUACUGAACUGUAUUCGUUUCGAAGGCGUUUGGAUUGUUUUUUGUAAGAGUCAGGCUAAAUUUAAUUUCAAGAAAGAUGUAAGUGUGUUGAAUUUAGUUGUAUUAUGAAAAUAAUACAGAGUUUAAAAUCUGUUAUGUAGCCUAGGCCUAGUGUUUGAAAGUUUACAAUUCUCAUAGCCCUAUAAUAGCAUAGGCCUACCAUUUUUAAUUUAAAUAAGUUUUUACUUAAAUGUCCUACUAAGGAUUUAGAAUUGGUUAAAACAAAAUUGGGAACAUGGCUAUCUGGAGUAGUAUAAUACAUAAUAACUCAAAUCCAUCAAAAAUGGUCAGUAAUUUUAGGAAGUACUACCUAAAUAAAAAAGGAAGAUCAUUACGUAUGUCAACAACAGCAACAGAGCCAAAGAAAGCUCCACUCUUGGAGAAGUGGAAAAGGUAUUGGCAGGACCUCGCUACUGAUUAUUAUGAAGUACUGAAAGACACUGUUGAGAAUGGACGGAAGAACCCAAAACAAUCUGCAUUACUCCUCAUGUGUUCAGCAGCUGCAUUCACGUGCUUGAAGACCAAUCCAGAUGAGAUUGAUUACAGAGAAAACGUGUUAAAAUGUUGCAAUGAAGUUCUACUCAUCGGGAAACCUAUCAGAAACAAAACAACUGAAGAAUAUCUAAUUUCUAUGGAAACAUUUUAUAAUUUUGGUGUUGUGAGAAGAAUGAGUUUUGGACUUUUUUCAGUAGUAUGGAUUGACAACUUUAGCAAUGAGUUGGGUGUUUACAAAGCCAAUUGUUCAUACCUCAAACCGCAAUACUUAACUUUCCUAAAUAGAGUUGUUGAUAUCGGGUUUCUUGGUAGGUGGUGGAAGCUGAAUUCCGUUAUGAAAGACUAUGAUAUAAAUGCAGAAGAAUGGACGAACAGUAGCAAAGUUGACGAAUCCACAAAGGAAUAGACUCCUAUGGCAGUAGUAAGUUUAUUAGUUACAUUAACUUUUAUGCCAGAAUCUUGACUGGACAUGUAAUUGUGACCCCAAUGUAGUAUCGAAGAGAUGCAUUUAGAUUUUAAAGGUAAUUUAUUGUGAUUAUUUGUGAAUGUUACCUAUAAUUAUACCACCCACUUCAUCUAA